AUGACCGAGACUCAUCUCCGGUCAAUAACCAAUAGCGGAACCUGGAUGUUCAUAUUGGUUCCUACAUAUUCUACGAAGAUCUUCAUCGGUCAAACCGCACAACAACAUACGUUGUUCCCUUUGUCAUCGUGCAUGUUCAAGUUUAUAUGUGACAGGAUUUUGCUUGAUCAGGUGUUUGUGAUAAUGCUUCUAGGGGCAAAUGUUUACAAAUUCUGGGCAACUUCUCAUAAGGAAGUCAAUUGGUACUACAGUGACAAUAAAGGAAAGAUGGGGCUGAUCGGCAUCAUUAUGACUUUGACAUUUCUGCUCUCGUUUGCAGCGUCUGAUCGCCAAGGUGAUGCAUUAUAUGAUAUGAAGCUGAAGCUGAACGCUACUGGCACACAGCUUACAGACUGGAAUCAAAAUCAAGUUAACCCUUGCACUUGGAAUUCUGUUAUUUGUGACAGUAACAAUAAUGUUGUGCAAGUAACAUUGGCUUCUAUGGGGUUCACUGGAGUUCUGUCGCCAAGAAUUGGAGACCUCGAGCAUUUGAAUGUUCUGUCCUUACCUGGUAACAAGAUUACCGGUACCAUACCAGAGCAGCUUGGGAACCUAUCUAGUUUGACAAGCUUAGAUUUGGAAGAAAAUCUGCUGGUUGGAGAAAUCCCAGCUUCUCUUGGCCAUCUUUCGAAGCUCCAACUCUUGAUACUAAGUCAAAACAGACUAAGUGGAACUGUUCCUGAUACACUGGCAACCAUCUCAAGCUUGACAGACAUCUUUUCUGGCAAUAACUUGACUUGUGGAGCAAACUUCGCUCAUCCUUGUGCAUCAAGUUCGCCUUACCAAGGUUCAUCCCAUGGUUCGACAAUAGGCAUUGUCCUUGGAACAGUUGGUGGAGUGAUAGGGCUGCUCAUCAUAGGGGCUCUAUUUAUUAUCUGUAAUGGAAGGAGAAAAGGUCAUCUGCGUGAAGUUUUUGUGGAUGUAUCAGGUGAGGAUGACCGAAGAAUUGCAUUUGGGCAGUUGAAAAGGUUUGCAUGGCGAGAAUUACAACUCGCUACUGAUAACUUCAGUGAGAAAAAUGUUCUUGGACAAGGGGGCUUUGGAAAAGUAUAUAAAGGAGCACUUCCAGAUGGCACUAAGAUAGCCGUAAAGCGGUUAACUGAUUAUGAAAGUCCUGGUGGGGAGGCUGCCUUCCUGCGUGAAGUUGAGCUGAUUAGUGUUGCAGUUCACCGGAAUCUUUUAAGAUUGAUUGGGUUCUGUACAACACAAACAGAACGUCUACUUGUUUAUCCUUUCAUGCAGAAUCUUAGCGUAGCCUACCGUUUGCGAGAAUUUAAACCUGGGGAACCAAUAUUAGAUUGGAAUGCAAGGAAACGAGUGGCUAUAGGCACAGCGCGCGGACUGGAGUACCUGCACGAGCACUGCAAUCCUAAGAUCAUACACCGUGAUGUCAAGGCCGCGAAUGUCUUGCUUGAUGAAGGUUUCGAACCAGUUGUCGGCGACUUUGGCUUGGCAAAGUUGGUGGAUGUACAGAAGACAUCUGUGACCACUCAAGUCCGAGGGACUAUGGGUCACAUUGCACCAGAAUAUCUGUCCACAGGGAAGUCAUCUGAGAGAACUGAUGUUUUCGGCUAUGGUAUAAUGCUUCUUGAAGUGGUCACCGGGCAGCGUGCCAUUGACUUUUCACGUCUGGAGGAAGAAGAUGACGUGUUGUUACUUGAUCAUGUGAAGAAGCUGCAAAGAGAGGGGAAUCUAGACGCCAUCGUGGACCGAAAUCUGAACAACAGCUUCGACAGGCAGGAGGUGGAGAUGAUGAUGCAGAUCGCGCUGCUGUGCACCCAGGGGUCGCCUGAGGACCGGCCCUCCAUGUCGGAGGUGGUAAGGAUGCUGGAAGGGGAAGGCCUGGCGGAGCGGUGGGAGGAGUGGCAGCAGGUGGAGGUGACGAGGAGGGAGGACUACGAGCGGAUGCAGCAGCGGUUCGACUGGGGCGAGGACUCCAUCUACAACCAGGACGCCAUCGAACUGUCCGCCGGCAGAUAA